CACACACACACACUGCUUUCAUCUCCUUUCAGUGAGGGUAUCAAUAAGUUUCGAGAAACCAUUGGCUGAGUCAAGCGCCUUGAAAACGAUUUGCAAGCUUCGCACUCCAAAGCGUGCGCAACCCCGCGUCCGGAAGCACAUGUCGCGGUGUCUAUCUCCAUGGUUUGCGUCUCCCAUGUCCUGCGCUCCAGCGCCUGCCAACAAUCGACCAUCUAUCUCAUCGGUUAUGUUCUGUGCCUUGGCUGAAUUUAGAUUUAAUCUGCACGUGUUUUACCAUUGGUGGCAGCUGCAAUGUGGUCAAAGAAGAGCGAUUAUGUGAGACUGAGUUGCCUGCUACUUCUGCACUAUUUUACCACAUGUGCGGCGGAUCUGUGCAACUGGAGAGGAAGUGGACUUGCGCGGGAGCCGCACUCUCGGACCGUGCAACAGGUGCGGCUGCGUUGCACGGAAGGCGCGGUGGAGUGGGUGUACCCCAGCCAGGCCUUGCGCAUUGUCCUGGAGCCCAACCUGUCCUCUACGCGCCACACGACGAUCUGCAUCAAGCCUUUCCGCAGCUUCCGCGGCGCCAGCGUGUACGUCGAGCGCGCCGGGGAGCUCAGCUUGCUGAUGGUGGAGGGAGGGCGGCCCGAGCAGGUGCACUGCUUCCGAGCGGAGGGACCGCAGACGCCCGCCAUUUUCCUGCAGGCGAGCCCCCAGAGGGACAUCAGCCGCCGCAUAGUGGGGUUCCGCUACGAGCUGCUGGGUAACCAGAGCACCGCUCCAGACUUCCGUGCUGCCGUUCUGAAGGUCCUGUGCCGCCCCUGCAACGACACCGAGCUCCUCCUGGCAGCCUGCAGCAGUGACUUUGUGAUUCGGGGCUUCAUCAGGAACGUAUCCCAUGAUCCCGAGCGGCAGACAUCUUUGGUGUACGUGGCAGAGGGACGGGUGUACCGGCAGCGCAGCGGGGUGUUUGAGCGGGAGGCGGGGCCGGGGGGGGCCUGGGGGGGCCACGUCCACACGCUGCUGCAGUGCCGGGCAAGGGCAGGGGGCGGAGAGUUCCUCUUCACGGGCACCGAGCAUUUUGGGGAGGCCUGGCUGGACUGCGCCCCCCGGUUCAAAGACUUUCUCUCGGUGUACCGAAAGGCCCAGCGGGCCAGGAUCAACCCCUGCGAGUUCCCGCUGGACUGACCCCCAUCCCCUCUCUGCCUUGCCUGCACUCAGCAGUGACGUUUUUCUGCCGACGGACCAUGGGAACCCCAUGGGCGAGGAUG